UUUUUUUUUUUUUUUUUUAGAAAAGGAAACUCGGAUUGCUUUCGUUCACAUCUGCUUAUUUCCUUUUCUAGCGCCCCCCUCUCUUCUGUAGGUUACAGUCGAGCAAUAUCUCAGCCGUUUUUUGCUUAGAGCACACCUCUCAUUACAUAAAUAAACUGACGAGCAAGCAAAUCCAGUUUAAGAGGGAAACUGCAUUGCACUGCACGAGGCAAUGGACUUGCCACAUCGAAACGCAUCUAGUUUAAUUUUGGCCCUUUAAUUGGCUUCUAAAUUCAAGACCACCAGCUUGGAUCAGCAAGAGGAGUGACAGGCAGAUCUCAACCAUCGAACCACAAAAAUGGGGAUUUGUUUGCGAUAUUACCAGGAUAUUUACACACAUGCAUAUGCUGUUUAGAUCUUGAAUGCUUUUUGGAUAUUCAGAAAACAAUCCAGCUGCUCGUGUCGCAUCGCUAGCCAUUAUUUAUGUUUCUCCAACCAUUGGGCUUCUGAUUUCCACCAUCUUUCCGCCUUUUAAGAAGAGGAGGAUACAUAUUACCCUUAUUAUAUGUGGUCUGUUUGCGUGCUGUCAACUGGUUAAUGUGAUUGAACAGCGUCCAUUUUCAUGCAUUGGUGAUUUGUCAGUUUUGCAGCGAGCUGGCUUGCUUUAUUUUAAUACCUUAAUGAGAUCGUCUUGUCCGCUCGUUUACGACUCAUGUUCUAUGUCUUGUUGGUUUUAACGGGAUCGCAUCGACGUUUUGAUUAGAGCAUCAUCCAUUUGUGACACUGACUGGCCAGCUUGCAUGUAUUUGUAGUUAACCAGCCCGUUAUUUCCAUUCAUCUGCACAGACGGUGGCUUAAAUUAACUUGCAUGUCAUUUUCUGACGGUCGUUACACCGGCAGGUGAGUUGUUCGCGUUAAACUCACCCAAAGGGGGUGGGUGCUGGAUGGGGGGUUCGAUUAAUCGAUAUUAUCGUUAUCCCCAUCUAGAAUUAUCAUUGUUUUGGAAAUUUCCGGGCUUGGAGGUGAUGCCAUGCACAUAUAUUUCUCCUGUCUGAAACAAGAAGCCAUUUCUACAACUCCAGUGGACCUGAGGGUGACGUUGUUUCAUAGAUAAGCAACCUAUAGAUUUUCUAUUCAGGUUGGAUUUUUUUUUCUUCUUCCUUCUGCUUUUUUCGUCUAUUUUCAGCCACGAUGAUUGAUUUCUGAGAGACUUCUGAAGGGAAAAAAAAAAACGAUAAAAAAAAGAACUGAGGCUGGGAUAGAUGUUCGCGCCUCUCUCGCGCAUCAUCAUCACCACCACCACCACCAUCAUCAUUACAGCUCCCGCGCUCGUUUCGUGCUGAGUCCGCCCACCGUCCCCUCACGGACGGUUCUGGUACCGUUAGCGGCUCGGUUCGACCCAAAGGGCUCGAAGAUGGCGGACCUCGAAGCGGUUCUCGCCGAUGUCAGCUACCUGAUGGCGAUGGAGAAGAGCAAAUCGACUCCAGCGGCCCGCGCGAGCAAGAAAAUCAUCCUUCCUGAACCCAGUAUUCGGAGUGUCAUGCAGAAGUACCUGGAAGAAAGGGAUGAACUGACCUUUGACAAAAUCUUCAACCAGAAGAUUGGUUUCCUCUUGUUCAAGGAUUUCUGCAUGAACGAGAUCGACGAGGCCGUUCCGCAGCUGAAGUUUUAUGAGGAGAUUAAAGAGUACGAGAAGUUGGAUUCAGAAGAAGAGAGGCUAACUCGCAGUCGACAGAUUUAUGACGUGUACAUAAUGAAGGAGCUUCUGUCAUGUUCACAUCCCUUCUCUAAGAAGGCAGUAGACCAUGUCCAGACUCACCUAGCAAAGAAACAAGUUCCUCCAAAUCUCUUUCAGCCAUACAUAGUUGAGAUCUGUGACAGUCUUCGAGGAAAGAUCUUUCAGAAGUUCAUUGAAAGCGACAAGUUCACACGUUUUUGCCAGUGGAAGAAUGUAGAGCUCAACAUCCAUUUGACGAUGAAUGACUUCAGCGUGCAUCGGAUCAUCGGCAGAGGGGGGUUCGGAGAGGUUUACGGAUGCAGGAAAGCAGACACAGGGAAAAUGUAUGCCAUGAAGUGUUUGGAUAAAAAGCGAAUCAAAAUGAAGCAGGGAGAAACGCUGGCGCUCAACGAGAGAAUCAUGCUGUCGUUGGUUAGCACCGGGGACUGCCCUUUCAUAGUGUGUAUGACAUAUGCCUUCCACACUCCUGAUAAACUGUGUUUCAUCCUGGACUUGAUGAAUGGUGGAGACCUUCACUAUCACCUGUCUCAGCACGGCGUCUUCAGCGAGAAAGAUAUGCGCUUUUAUGCAGCUGAGAUCAUACUGGGCCUCGAACACAUGCACAAUCGAUUCGUCGUCUACAGAGACCUCAAGCCUGCAAAUAUCCUCUUAGACGAACACGGACAUGUUCGCAUUUCUGACCUGGGCCUGGCCUGCGAUUUCUCCAAAAAGAAGCCUCACGCCAGCGUAGGUACUCAUGGCUACAUGGCACCUGAGGUUCUGCAGAAAGGAACAGCGUAUGACAGCAGCGCCGACUGGUUCUCUCUGGGCUGCAUGCUGUUCAAACUCUUGCGAGGGCACAGUCCAUUCAGGCAGCACAAGACCAAAGACAAACAUGAGAUCGACCGCAUGACUCUUACCAUGAAUGUGGAGUUGCCUGACUCCUUCUCACCUGAGCUCAAGUCCCUCUUGGAAGGACUCUUACAGCGAGACGUCGCCAAAAGAUUGGGGUGUCUAGGACAGGGGGCGUCAGAGGUAAAGGAGCAUGUGUUCUUCAAGGGAAUCGAUUGGCAGCAGGUCUAUCUUCAGAAGUACCCCCCACCCCUCAUUCCCCCCAGAGGAGAAGUCAACGCUGCAGACGCCUUUGACAUCGGCUCCUUCGACGAGGAGGACACCAAGGGAAUUAAGCUGCUUGACAGUGAUCAGGAGCUCUAUAAGAACUUUCCACUGGUGAUCUCUGAGCGCUGGCAGCAGGAGGUGGCCGAGACGGUGUAUGAUGCCGUCAAUAGCGACACGGAUAAGAACGAGGCGCGCAAGCGGGCCAAAAACAAGCAGCAGGGCCAUGAAGAGGACUAUGCGCUGGGGAAGGACUGUAUCAUGCACGGCUACAUGCUAAAGCUAGGAAACCCCUUCCUGACACAGUGGCAGCGGCGGUAUUUCUACCUGUUCCCCAACCGCGUCGAAUGGAGAGGUGAAGGAGAGUCUCGGCAAAACCUGCUGACCAUGGAGCAGAUCGUGACUGUGGAGGAGACGCAGAUCAAGGACAAAAAGUGCAUCCUGCUGAGGAUCAAAGGAGGGAAACAGUUUGUCCUGCAGUGCGAGAGCGACCCAGAGUUCGUACAGUGGAAGAAGGAGCUCACCGAAGCGUUCACAGAGGCCCAGAAGCUGCUGCGUCGUGCCCCCAAAGUCAUUGGCAAGGGGCGAACCAAUGUGGUGGAACUGUCCAAACCUCCGCUCGCGCACCGCAACAGCAACGGCCUGUGAGCCGCCCACCUCCCGCCGCCCUUGUCCACCACUCUUCUCCAUCCUCUUCAUCGACACACACAUGCACAUGCUCUCACACUCUCUCUCUCCCAGCAAAACGCUUGUCCAGCACCAUUAGGCUUCCCAACCGGCACAGUGAGCCGCCAUAUGGUCCGUCUCGGAAGGUUCUGCUGCACUGUGCCCUGCUGUUCCUCAACUGUUCGUCAAUCAAAUGCACACACACACAGUUCCUGGGGUGUUCUGCAGGAUAAUGUUAAAAAACAAUCGGUGAUGCCAGUGCUGAAACUGGUCGUUUUGACCAGUGGAGCAGGCUGGGAUACUGCGCCCCUUUUGUGAGCAUGUCGUUCCUUCUGUGAUCCCCACGUUCUCCUUGCACACGCCGGCAUGCUCGUAUAUUAGCAAAGAAAGAGGCCUCUGCUGUAACAAUGUCCACUUGGAGCUUCUCUUUCAAGUGGCAGUGUACUAGAGCCGGACAGUAUCAGUACCUCUGCUAGAGGGAAACUAGAGCCAUGCGGCCUGAGAGAUCUAAUCAAAUGGAAACAAUCUCAAAAAACAAUGGCUUAAACGAUAUCACUCCCGUUGUCUUUCAUGUCCUUUGUGGGAACGCCAAGGCCACCUCACUGACUGCCAUUCUUGAAGCAUAUGCUUUGCACCACUUUCUGUCAACAUAGUGGGCGCAUAGCAUGCAUGCCGUUUUAUGCUAAACGGACUCGGAUUUGUGGACUGUUGUGGCACCCGACCUUCAGGACGAACUUGUAAAGUACAGAAUUCUUCGACACUUCCUUAAUAUUCGCUGACGGAUUGAACGAACUGCAACGGCGAGUGUUGUGCACAUCCAAUUUGAGCUCUCAGAGGACUACGUACAGUGUAAAAAUUAAGGAGCGUUUUUCUUUCUGUCUUUUAUUUUUUUGGUGCUCAGCCCUUGUAAACAACAAACUUGGUUGUGCGUGUACACGAUGCAAAAAGUAGGUGUUGUCGCUUUAAAGGAAAUUCCCCGAUAUUUUCACCAGGAAGAAUUGUUUUCUUUCACCUUGAAUGUAUUUUUGUUUCUCUUUUUUGUUUGUUUGUUCGUGGGUGGAGUGAUUUACGCUGCUUGACACAAUGGGUAGGAACGUGGCGGGACGUUUGCUAAGACACGAACUCAACCCCUCCCCCUAAACCCACAGAAGUGCAAAAAGUGCCAA